CUCGCUCACGCUCGGAGAUCAUGGAGGAUGCGUCUAGGUCCUUUGGGAAAGGAAGCCUCCCCCCCGGGCCGGUCCCAGACGGCCUGAUCCGCGUCUACAGCAUGAGGUUCUGCCCCUACGCGCAUAGGACGCGCCUCGUCCUUCGGGCCAAAGGCAUCAGACAUGAAGUUGUCAACAUUAACCUGAGAAACAAGCCUGAGUGGUACUAUACAAAGCACCCUUUUGGCCAGAUUCCUGUCCUAGAGAACAGCAAAUGUCAGUUGAUCUACGAAUCUGUCAUCGCUUGUGAGUACCUGGAUGACGCUUACCCGGGAAGAAAGCUGUAUCCAUAUGACCCUUAUGAGCGGGCUCGCCAGAAGAUGUUAUUGGAGUUAUUCUAUAAGGUCCCACACUUGACCAAGGAGUGUCUGGUAGCAUUGAGAUGUGGGAGAGAAUGUGCUGAUCUGAAGCUAGCCCUGCGUCAGGAAUUCUGCAACCUUGAAGAGAUUCUUGGCUAUCAGAAUACCAUCUUCUUUGGUGGAGACUGUAUAUCCAUGAUUGAUUACCUCUUUUGGCCCUGGUUUGAGCGGCUGGAUGUGUAUGGAAUCGCCGAUUGUUUGAACCACACGCCAGCACUACGGCUCUGGACAGCAGCCAUGAAGCAGGACCCCACGGUGUGCGCUCUUCUCAUAGAUAAGAACAUUUUCUUGGGCUUCUUGAAUCUUUAUUUUCAGAACAACCCUGAUGCCUUUGACUAUGGGCUAGCUUGCUGAGCCUCAGUCCUUCCCUUCACCAUCCAGAAUUCCCAAGCAUGUCGUGACUGUGUAUCAGGAAUUGUUUUGGUGGGUCAGUCAAUCUGUUCGUUUUCUUUGAGGUUCCCAAUAAACGUGGAGACGGAAAAUG